GCCUGGGGCUGGGCGUGCGCGCGUGGGAGCGCGCCUCAGAGCGCCCCACACUCCUCCGCUCCAGCCCCCGAGGGCACUUGGGGAAGGAGGGAGCGGUGUUCGCGGGAAUAAGAGAGCGCAAGAGAAAAACCUCUCCUGGCGACGCCCCCAACAGGGCCCGACUGGGAACUCGGAAGCUGGAGGCUGCAAGCGCUUGAGACUCCUCGGCCUCCUCCGCACGCCCCGCAGCCCCCGCCCAAAGCCCAGGGGCUGUGCCGGCUGCCGGCUUCCCGCCCCUCGGCGCGAAGGUCGCUGGCCGGCGGGCGCCCCGUCGACUGCCGGCGCACAUGAGGCCGCUGUCCCUACCGCAGGCGCAGGCGCCCCCCUCGCGGUGCCCGUGGUGAUGCCAUGCCCCGCCACCACGCGGGAGGAGAGGAGGGCGGCGCCGCCGGGCUCUGGGUGAAGAGCGGCGCGGCGGCGGCAGCGGCGGCGGGCGGGGGGCGCCUGGGCAGCGGCAUGAAGGAUGUGGAGUCAGGCCGCGGCAGGGUGCUGCUGAACUCGGCGGCCGCCAGGGGCGACGGCCUGCUGCUGUUGGGCACCCGCGCGGCCGCGCUUGGCGGCGGCGGCGGAGGCGGCGGCGGCCUGAGGGAGAGCCGCCGGGGCAAGCAGGGGGCCCGGAUGAGCCUGCUGGGGAAGCCGCUCUCCUACACGAGUAGCCAGAGCUGCCGGCGCAACGUCAAGUACCGGCGGGUGCAGAACUACCUGUACAACGUGCUGGAAAGACCCCGCGGCUGGGCGUUCGUCUAUCACGCGUUCGUUUUUCUCCUUGUGUUUGGUUGCCUGAUUUUGUCAGUGUUUUCCACCAUCCCUGAGCACACAAAGUUGGCCUCGAGUUGUCUCCUGAUUCUGGAGUUCGUGAUGAUUGUCGUCUUUGGUUUGGAAUUCAUCAUUCGGAUCUGGUCUGCAGGUUGCUGUUGUCGGUAUAGAGGAUGGCAAGGAAGGUUAAGGUUUGCCCGAAAACCCUUCUGUGUUAUAGAUACCAUUGUUCUUAUUGCUUCAAUAGCAGUUGUUUCUGCAAAAACUCAGGGAAAUAUUUUUGCCACAUCCGCACUGAGAAGUCUCCGUUUCCUGCAGAUCCUCCGUAUGGUGCGCAUGGACCGAAGGGGAGGCACUUGGAAAUUAUUAGGCUCAGUGGUUUAUGCUCACAGUAAGGAACUAAUCACAGCUUGGUACAUAGGAUUUUUGGUUCUUAUUUUUUCAUCUUUCCUUGUCUAUCUGGUGGAAAAGGAUGCCAACAAAGAAUUUUCUACAUAUGCAGAUGCUCUCUGGUGGGGAACAAUUACAUUGACAACUAUCGGCUAUGGAGACAAAACUCCCCUAACUUGGCUGGGAAGAUUGCUAUCCGCAGGCUUCGCACUCCUUGGCAUUUCUUUCUUUGCACUUCCUGCUGGCAUUCUUGGCUCAGGUUUUGCAUUAAAAGUACAGGAACAGCACCGCCAGAAGCACUUUGAGAAAAGAAGGAACCCAGCUGCCAACCUCAUUCAGUGUGUUUGGCGUAGCUAUGCAGCUGACGAGAAAUCUGUUUCCAUUGCAACCUGGAAGCCCCACUUGAAGGCUUUGCACACCUGCAGCCCUACCAAUCAGAAGCUAAGUUUUAAGGAGCGAGUGCGCAUGGCUAGCCCAAGGGGCCAGAGUAUUAAAAGCAGACAAGCUUCAGUAGGUGACAGGAGGUCCCCAAGCACUGACAUCACAGCAGAGGGCAGCCCCACCAAGGUGCAGAAGAGCUGGAGCUUCAAUGACCGCACCCGUUUCCGGCCCUCACUGCGCAUCAAGAGUUCUCAGCCAAAGCCAGUGAUAGACGCUGACACAGCGCUUGGCACUGAUGAUGUAUAUGAUGAAAAAGGAUGCCAGUGUGAUGUAUCAGUAGAAGACCUAACCCCACCACUUAAAACUGUCAUUCGAGCUAUCAGAAUUAUGAAAUUUCAUGUUGCAAAACGCAAGUUUAAGGAAACACUACGCCCAUAUGAUGUAAAGGAUGUCAUUGAACAGUAUUCUGCUGGUCAUCUAGACAUGUUGUGUAGAAUUAAAAGCCUUCAAACACGUGUUGAUCAAAUCCUUGGAAAAGGGCAAAUCACAUCAGAUAAAAAGAGCCGAGAGAAAAUUACAGCAGAACAUGAGACCACAGAUGACCUCAGUAUGCUGGGCCGCGUGGUUAAGGUUGAAAAACAGGUUCAGUCAAUUGAAACCAAGCUGGACUGCCUGUUGGAUAUCUACCAGCAGGUCCUCCGGAAAGGCACCGCCUCUGCCCUCACUUUGGCUUCAUUCCAGAUCCCGCCUUUUGAAUGUGAACAGACAUCCGACUAUCAAAGCCCUGUAGACAGCAAAGAUCUGUCCAGUUCUGUGCAGAACAGUGGCUGCUUAACCAGAUCAGCUAGUGCCAACAUCUCGCGAGGCCUGCAGUUCAUUCUGACGCCAAAUGAGUUCAGUGCCCAGACUUUCUAUACGCUUAGCCCUACUAUGCACAGUCAAGCCACACAGGUGCCAAUGAGUCAAAACGAUGGCUCCGCAACAGCCACCAACGUCACAAACCAAAUAAAUGUGGCACCCAAGCCAGCAGCCCCAACAACCUUACAAAUUCCACCUCCUCUCCCAGCCAUCAAGCAUCUGCCCAGGCCAGAGACCUUGCACCUAAACCCCGCAGGCUUACAGGAGAGCAUUUCCGAUGUCACCACCUGCCUUGUUGCCUCCAAGGAGAAUGUUCAGGUUGCACAGUCGAAUCUGACCAAGGACUGUUCUCUGAGGAAAAGCUUUGACAUGGGAGGAGAUACUCUGUUGUCUGUCCAUCCCACGGUGCCGAAGGACUUGGGCAAAUCUUUAUCUGUACAAAAUCUGAUCAGGUCGACAGAGGAACUGAAUAUACAGCUUUCAGGGAGUGAAUCAAGUGGCUCCAGGGGCAGUCAAGAGUUCUACCCCAAAUGGAGGGAAUCCAAAUUGUUUAUAACUGAUGAAGAGGUGGGGCUUGAAGAUGCAGAAACAGACACUUUCGAUGCCGCACCGCAGCCUGCCAGUGAAGCUGGGUUUGCGACGGACUCUCUAAGGACUGGAAGAUCACGAUCAUCUCAGAGCAUUUGUAAGGCAGGGGAAAGUACAGAUGCCCUCAGCUUGCCCCAUAUCAAACUGAAAUAAGUUCUUUGUUUUCUUUCUAGGCAUAGCAGUUCCUUUAGCCAUACAUAUCAUUGCAUGAACAAUUUUGAAAGCCCUUCUAAAAAGUUGAAAUUGCAAGAAUCAGGAAGAACAUGAAAGGCAGUUUAUAAGCCUGUUAUCUUUUCAUUGCAUGAAAAUGCAUGUUUAGGGAUGGCUGAAAUUCCAAGGUGCAUCAAUAUUAACUCAGUCAUUUAGUAAUGUACCUUGAGUUUAAAAUCCUGGGAAACCAAGCACCACUAAUGCUAAGGGGUAUGUGGAAAUGUCAAGAAUAGGUCAUUUAGAGGACUUGACCUUGUGUUUUGAAAUGAGAGUAAACACCUUCAAAUUUCAGGCAUUUCUGCUUUGUAAUUAAAUAUAAACACAUUUUCAAAUUAGAUCAUCAUGUAUAUUUAAACACAUGGCUAACAACAGCUGCUAACAAGGUCAAGUAAAGCAGAAUUUGGGAAUCAUAGAAAUGGCUGCUUAUUUCAAGACGUAUUUGCCAACCCAUUCCUACUCUGACAUUUUAUAAUUAAUGUAAUUUGAAUGUCAAUUUGUGUGCUUUUGGUGACUUAGCGCUGUGGCAAGCAGUUUUGCACAUUAUUUUCAUAUUUUUCUUUAUGAUGAGAAUGUUCGAUUAGAAAAGGUGGGAAUAAUGAAAUUCAGGGCCAGUGGGGCAAACAGACUUUGUAACCUAUCUGACCUUAUGGAAGCGUACUCUCUAAUGGCAGGAUCAACUUUGUAUCCAGUCAGCUUCCAUGUAUGGAAUAGCGAUUGUUAGAACAGCCAGUGUGAUUGGGCUGGUCUCUCUACAAUGACACCAUCCCCGAGCUUGCUGGGAUUACCCACCGGAAGGGCAGCCACGAAAGGCUAGUCUCAGCUGACAUACAGGAAGGACAGCAGUACUGGGACACUUGAGAGGGAUGGGGCUAGGAAAGACAUGCAAAGAAGCCAGAAGCAAUGCCAGGAGGUAGAUCAGGUUCAAGAAAAUGACUUCCCACGCAAUAGGCAAUGAGAGAGAAACAUACCAAACUGAAAGUUAGACUUUUUUAGAAAAUGAAUAUUGCUAGGAAAUGUAACUACCUAAACUUUCCUUAUAUAUAACAGAGAAUUUUUCAAGGUAUUUAUUUUUUAAUAUGCCCUGAAUGUCAUUUGCUAUUGUGUCGUAUGUUUUGCAUAUGAAAAGCUAAAACAAAACUUCCUUUACUUUUUAUACUGGUUGUGAAUAUUUUCUAUUCUCCCCAAGAAUAUUGUCCCAAUUCCACAGUUACUAGUUCUUUUCCAGGUAUAAACAUGAACAAUUAGAAACCAGAGAGCGCAGGCAGGGUUUGCACUUCAAAAUACAAACAAUAUAUCAUGUAACAGAAAGUCCAGGGGAAGCAAAAUGAAAAACUUAUUUAUCAGAAAGCACACUGAUUAGCUGUCUUAGGCCAUUAGAACUUAGAGCCAAAGUAUUGCAUUCAAAAGGCAAAGAGAGACAAGACCCAGCAUCUCAGUUGGUUUAAAACUACACCCCUAGAAAACAGGAGAAGUGGGACCUUUAAAUUUGGCAAACAUGCUGCCAAGCGGAAUGAGCAGGGAUAUCAAUUGGCAGCCAGAAAAAAGACUCUGAAAUCCGCCAAUCCUUCCCAGUUUCCUUUUCUUCAUCUCUUACUCUCCUCAUCCUUAACUACUUCCCGGCUCCCUGCUAUUAUGUCACUUCUGAACCUCCCCAAGUCUAAACCAGCCUCUAUUCCAAGGAACUAAAUUCUCCACUCCCCCAAAAAUGUUCUUCUCAAGACUUUCAAAUCCUUUUGAUAAACACUGAAACUUUAAACACUUCCUCUUUGCAUCACACUUGGAUGCUAACACUGUUGGAAUGUAUCAUUCAGAAUAUUCUUGGCUCCUGAAGACUUACAGAGGAUAGAUUCUAGAUUUUUAUACUCCAGUUAAAACAAUUUUGCCAGGCUUUUAAAGCAAUUAUUCUCAUUAUCUAAACAUAGAAUGUGAAUAAAUUAUGACAUGCAAUUUUUCAUCUCCACUCAAUCUGGGUGGUAUUACACUUUCCAAGGAAGUUGCACACAUAAGCACACAAACACACAUGCACAUAUCCCUCCAUUGACCCAAAACCAAAUACUUGGCCAUGAACUUGGCAGGCUCUUUUUCAUACAUUAGCCAAGGAAGAGGUAGGUGACAGCAACUUUCUGGUAGCACUGAUUCUUGGACAUGCCAUAUCCUGAGUUGAACCCAGCUGUCAGUGGGAAUUUUGAAUGUAUUGGGGAUCCCUACUGAGACCUUAAACUAUACAGUUCAUCCAGCGUUGCUGAAGACUGAAGAUCCAGAAACAAAGCCUAAACACAUCACAGAGAUCUUAAUCAGAGCAAAGUGUGACAAACAUUAUCGUGAAAAACGGCGAACAUUGGAGCCAUGACCAUUUUAUGUCUAUCUUACUCUAGCACAAAACCUUCUUGGAUGUUGAAAGAUAGUUGUGUUGUGUGAAAACUGUAGGGAUCUAUCUGUUGUGUUACUCUCUAUGUGAAUGAGAGGGACCUCCCACUUGCACUUAACAAAGUCCCACUGGUCAAUCCCAAAUGGUGUUGUGAAGCACAAUUUAGCUGACUACUGAGUAGCUAUAUGUUUUCUCAGUUCAAGUUUGUUGCCCUCUUCGAUAUGUGGGGUUGAUCAAGCUAAUAAUCGCAAAUAUCCCUUUUAUGAGGUUAACUAAAACAUAUUGCUAUUUCCAAUCAUAAAUGUUUGCAUUUUGUUUUAAUGAUUAAAUAUUCAUAGAUUCCAAGUAUUGUUUGAAGUAAGAUGUUUUAUUGAAUUUUUAAGUCCUAACACUUGUUCUUAAGGUGCCUUUCUCACCUCCAAGUGAUAGAAGCAAUGAAUCUGAAAGUUCCUAACUUACAAGUAAAACAAAUCUACUGGAGGAGGAAAUCAGGCACAGAGUGAAUAAUUCUCACACCCAUUUGCGAAGCAAAACAUAAAGAAUAAUGAAACCUGGGCAACUAAAUUAAUAGGUCACUUCGUUUAAUCAGACUAAGAAAAAUAUCAUAAACAUGAACUUAUCUCCCCCAGAAGCUUUUUUCUUUUUUGCCUUAAAUGAUAUGGUUGUGCUUUUGUAAGAGAAACUUAAUUUAAUAUAAUUGUGUGCAUUUAAGUGAGCAAUUCUAAGAGUCAUCUAUGAAAUGCAAUUGUCUGUUUCCUGAAAACAAAUAAAUCAGGAAUAUCAUAUCCAUUUCAAGCUACCAUUAAAAUCAAAUUUCCUUUGCUCUCUUUUAGUGGGAUUAUUUGUUUUAAAAUAAAACAUUAAAAAAGAUGUCUAUAAACAGCUUGUGUGUCUAUUUUUAUUGGACAGCAUACUGGUUGGUUCUGAUCUGAUUGCUCCAAGUCAACUGAACAGACUAUGUACAAACUU